CCUAUGCUUGGAUUUCGGCUCUUUUUCCCUAAGCCAAUGCAAAAGGAAAUAUGCAGCGAAGCUUCACCAUCCUCUACACCAGUUUACUGGGGAUGUGCUUGGGUUCAAGCUCAAGUUUUCCAAGUAACAUCAAUAUAGGAGGAUUGUUCCCAACCGAAUCACACGAAUAUGAGGUUUUUCGGUUCGCCCUCUCUCACCACCAGGACAUCCCCAAACUGGUGCCGCAGGUGGAUAUGGUCAAAAUGGGGAAUAGCUUCUCCAUGACAUAUGCCUUUUGCUCCCAGUUCUCCAAAGGUGUAUAUGCCAUUAUUGGCCUGUAUGACAGGAAGACCGUCAACAUGCUCAUGUCCUUUUGUGGAGCUCUGCACGUCUGCUUUGUGACUCCAUCCUUCCCCAUCGAGACAGCCAACCAAUUUGUGAUCCAGCUGAGGCCUGAGCUCCAGGAUGCACUGGUGGGAGUUAUUGAGCACUAUGGCUGGACCAAGUUUGUCUACAUGUACAGUUCUGACUCAGGCCUGUCUGUGUUGCAGAAGGUUCUUGACACAGCAGCGGAGAGGAACUGGCUGGUGACCUCGGUCAAUGUGGAGACCAUGACUGAGGCCUCUUUCCUGAAAGUGUUCCAGGAUUUGGACAAGAGGAAGGAGGGCCAGAUUAUCAUUGACUGUGAGACUGAGAGGCUCACUGGCAUACUGAAAAAGAUUGUUGAGCAAGGAAAGAACGCAAAGAGUUACCACUACAUUCUGGCUAACCUGGGUUUUCUGGACAUUGAUCUGACAGACCUAAGGAAAGGCGGGGCAAACAUAACCGGCUUCCAACUCGUCAACAACUCAGAGCCGAGUGUGAGCCGCGUGGUCCAGCAGUGGAUGGAGUUUGACAUUAAGGACUCCAAAGUGCCCAAGACUGGACUCAAAUACACAGGUGCUCUAACAUAUGAUGGGGUGAAAGUCAUGUCAACAGCCUUCCAGAAUUUAAGGAGACAGAGGAUAGACAUAUCUCGCAGGGGCAACGCCGGAGAGUGUCUUGCCAACCCACCAGCUCCCUGGGGACAGGGCAUAGACAUCCAAAGAGCCCUGCAGCAGGUCCGUAUAGAUGGAUUGACUGGUCACAUUCAGUUUAAUGAGAAAGGCCGCAGAACCAACUACACUGUUAGUGUCAUGGAACUGGCCCCCUCGGGACCCAAGAAGGUCGGGUACUGGAAUGAAGAUGAGAAGUACGUGACCACAGCCAGCUUGAGAAGUGGUAACGAGAGUGUGUACACACUGCUAAACAGAACUUACAUAGUCACCACUAUCUUGGAAUCUCCAUACGUGAUGCUGAAGAAGAACCACGAGCAGCUUGUGGGGAAUGAUAAGUAUGAGGGCUACAUUGUGGAGCUGGCUGCAGAGAUAGCCAAGCAUGUGGGCUAUCAGUACAAACUGAAGAUUGUCUCAGACGGCAAGUAUGGAGCCAGAGACCCUGAAACUAAGAUGUGGAAUGGCAUGGUUGGAGAACUGGUCUAUGGGAAAGCAGAUGUGGCUGUGGCUCCGCUCACUAUCACCCUGGUCCGUGAAGAGGUGAUUGACUUCUCCAAGCCCUUCAUGUCUUUGGGUAUCUCUAUCAUGAUCAAGAAACCAACCAAAUCCAAACCUGGUGUGUUUUCCUUCCUGGACCCGCUGGCUUACGAGAUCUGGAUGUGCAUUGUGUUUGCCUACAUUGGCGUCAGCGUCGUCCUCUUCCUCGUCAGUCGAUUCAGCCCGUACGAGUGGCACGCUGAAGACUACGAGGAGGGAGGCGAGCCGCAGACUCCCACCCAAGCGGCAGCUUCCAAUGGGGUGCAGCAGGGCCAGACACCAACGCAGCAGAACACUACCCAGCAGAGUCCAGAGCAAACCAAUGAAUUUGGCAUCUUCAACUCCCUUUGGUUUUCGCUUGGCGCCUUCAUGCAGCAGGGCUGCGAUAUCUCACCACGUUCUCUGUCGGGCCGCAUUGUUGGAGGCGUCUGGUGGUUCUUCACUCUCAUCAUUAUCUCAUCCUAUACUGCCAAUCUGGCGGCUUUCCUGACUGUGGAGAGGAUGGUGUCUCCUAUAGAGAGUGCUGAGGAUCUGGCCAAGCAGACAGAGAUUGCCUACGGAACGCUGGAUGCCGGCUCCACCAAGGAAUUCUUCCGGAGGUCCAAAAUCGCUGUGUUUGAGAAGAUGUGGUCUUACAUGAAGGCGGCCGACCCAUCUGUGUUUGUCAAAACAACAGACGAGGGUGUGAUGAGAGUCAGGAAGUCCAAGGGCAAGUAUGCCUACCUGCUGGAGUCCACUAUGAAUGAGUACAUAGAGCAGAGGAAACCCUGUGACACUAUGAAGGUGGGAGGCAACCUGGACUCUAAGGGUUAUGGAAUUGCCACACCAAAGGGCUCCCAUCUCAGAAACCCAGUAAACCUGGCAGUGUUAAAACUGAACGAGCAGGGCCUCUUGGACAAAUUGAAAAACAAGUGGUGGUACGACAUGGGAGAGUGCGGCAGCGGGGGCGGGGACUCCAAGGACAAGACGAGUGCUCUGAGCCUCAGCAAUGUGGCGGGAGUCUUCUACAUCCUGAUCGGAGGCCUGGGCCUGGCCAUGCUGGUGGCACUGGUGGAGUUCUGCUACAAGUCCAGGACCGAGUCGCGCCGAAUGAAGCAAUCCAUCAACGACGCCAUGCGCUGCUCCACCCUGACCAGGAUGAGUGGCAACGGGAGCGGCGGAGAGAACGGACGAAUCCUCACCCACGACUUCCCCAAGACCGUUCAGACGCUGCCCUGCAUGAGCCACACCGCCAGCAUGGGACUGGGUGCCUCCGGCAUAUGAUCAUCAUAUUACUGUGCUGGCGGCGAGGGGAUAGGCAGGGUGGGGCAGAAGAUGAAGAGCACAGGACUCUAAUAACUUCAAAAACCAUGGCUGUCCAGUUUGACCCAUCUAUUCUCCCGGCUAUCCCAACUUGAACAAAACGUACUGCCAAAAUGGACUCUUUAACCGCUCCUUGCAAAUGAUGAACAGAAAAUCGCAACAUUUUUUAAAAAAAAUAAGUGGGUGUUUGAAAAAUAGAUACCGAAAAAAAAGAAGGGAAACGUGCUGCAAUAAAGAAGUCGUCAGCUGGGUGUGUUUUUGGAUAUUAUUUUUUUUUCUACUGUGUUCAUUUAUGUGGGAAAAAAAAAUAAUUUUAUUCUUCAGUGUGACGCCUGCGCUGUGCCAUUUCGAUGGAGCUGUUGACGUUAGUCUGCUUGUGCAAUAUCUUCACCUCCACUGUUGACCCUGUACUACCUAGAUGCUUUCUGAUGGCUGAUGGGUCAUGUCUUUGCACAGAUGUGGCAGAGGAGGACAAACACUUGUGACUGCUACAAUGAUUUGAUAUUGUUUUGGGGGACAUCUCCACCCGCUUUCACUCCUACAUUUACACUCCAUUUUUUUGAAGGACAAAGUGCUCAGUGUAGCAUAGCCAGUUUUUGUGCGAUAGUGGUUUACACUGGAGUAAUAGCGCAGAGAAGUUUGUCGCACCUAUUUUGCAUUGCUUUAUGUUUAAAUGAAGGUUAAUGAUGUUUGAAUCAAAAGCUGACCAGGCUACAACAAACAAGCAUUGCUGCUAGACCUCAUUGAACACGUCAUGCCUUGUCUUGGUGCCACAUCAGCAUUCAAAUGCGGAACACUGUACACUGUAACACUUGUUGCUACUGGGUCAUUUAUGUGGCCCUCAGAUUGAGUUUUAGCACUUACAUCGAUCAUAAAAGCAGUCACCGGGCAGAUUCAUAAAUGCUCACCUCGACCUAUGUGAAAAAGACAGAAUGGAGAAGAUACAAUGACACAUUAUUCUAUGGCUAUGUACAGUACUGAGUGACCUUACACUGUAUUCUGCUGUUGUGACAUUCAUAGCACAUCCACUGAUAUACUGUUCAGUACAUGCACUCUCCGUAUACUGCGAGCGGAAAAUCUAGAUGUAGAUUGUGUGCGGCCUGCGAAUGGAAAGGUGGCUUCCUUGCUGUUGCUAGCUAGCAGAGCAAGGAGGCACGAUUGAUUCAGUCGAUGUGACUGAUAGAUUUGUAGUCAGUAUUACCAUCAGAAGUCAAGGUUAUGGUGAUCACUGCGCUGCUUGGCUCUCCCGAGUUCUCCCUUUCAGAUCACAUCAAGUGUCGAGAAAUCGGAGUGACAGGCCUGGGAUAUUAGAGGGCAGAGAUGACAGAGGGCAGACAGCCUAGGUUUGGCAUUUAGGCCUUAAAGGACGAUUCCAUACCGGACCAUUUCAGUACAUUUAACAUAAAACAACUGUCGGCGAUGUGCUUUGCAUUUCCUGGCCCAUUUUGUCACACAAUAUGGUAAUUUAUAUUCUUAUGAAUAUGUGUCCAACAGCAGAAAACAAACCUUUAGCUAAUUCUGUGAGUUAGAAUGAAAAAGAUGAUGUAACAGGAGAGAAAAACUGGGAUUUUUUCUUAUUUUUUUUUCUUAUUGACAACAGGACCGACAAUUUUCUGCUACACAAUUUUCAGUUUUGGUUAUUUUACAUUAGAAUAGUUUCAGUAUUUUGCUGCUGUCUGUACUCCUUUUACUUGUUUGACAUACGCAGGAAAAAUGUGUUCUCACAUAUUUCUGUGUGAAGAUGUUUUAAUCAACACAUGAUGACAGUGUUGACCCCCUAUCGUUGUCAGGAGGGUCCUGUUUAUCAAUAAAUUAUAAUGGGCCUCAUUCAGAAACAGCUUAAACUAUGCGUUUGAACACUUUACACACAAAUCAGAGAUUCAUGAAUAUUCUUAAAGUAAUUAUUAAAGUAUCACACAUUUGUUUUCAUGUAUGAAAAUAGUUUUUAUAUAUGCAAACAAAUGAACUGCCUCCAACUAUGUACCAACAAAUGACAGUCAGGCUGUAUUUUUUUCAUUAAGUGCAGAGCAUAUUAAAACCUAAUUGAAUUUAUUAGGGAACAAUGCUUAAAGCCAUUAAUACAUCUGCCAGAUGUUUUAAAUAAUUAAGUGGCUGUCCCACUUAUACAUGUUUGUUGAGUAACUGUGGGGAAUCUGUCCUCUGACAGAUCAGGUGGUCCUUGCCCUCCCUUUUUGUUCUCCUGUUUUUUCUUUUUAUCAAAUUUAAUGCAAUCUUUUUUCUCCUUCACCUGAGCCACAAUCUGUGUCUCAAGAGACACAGAAUUCACCAGGCCAGGCUUUUUUUUUUUUUCAACUCUAUUUUUUCUUCUUUUUUGCUUGAAUUGCUUCUUUUUUAGAACAACUUCAACAAUUUUCCAUGAUACCCCUCUCUGUAUUUUCUUUACAUAGAGAAACGACCACGUAGCGGGAUGCUGACUGCAAACAGUGAACAGACCUGUCAUUUUAGAAAAAUUGUGAACGCACACACAGUGAUAGGAAAUAUAUUGGUGAUUGUGCGCUUAUCGUGAAUGCACAAAUACACAUAAGUGGAGACAGUCCAGUGUUUUAGCUUUUCCCAUAUUUUUCCCAGGCUUGCACAUUUUUGCAACAAACGUGUAAUGCCUUGAUAUUCUUCAGCAUUUUUGUGUUUUGCCAAAAACAUUUGUUAUCUGAAUGUUACAGUGUUACAGCAGUAUAACUCACAAGUGCAGGAUAAAGUCAAGAAAAUCUGCAGUGCCCUGCUAUGUGGUAUUGAAGGGAAAUUUCAGCAGGUGGCUCAAUGAUAUGUUUUAGGGAGUAUCAGAGCAAUAAGUUACAGUAUCAGGCUUUGACUAUACAGAUCAUUUUCAUUAUGUGAGAUCAGUAAUCCUUGCUGGUUUUGGUCUUUUUGUUUGGAUUUAUUUGACAAUAAUUUUAAAAAAUAUAGACUUCUGCCAAAUUGAUCCUUUAAAGGCAACAGUCAACACAUCACAGCCUGGAGCUAUGUAAAGGAUGCAUUAUGUGCCUUCAGCCAGCAUGAACAUCUUUUCCUCUUACAUAGCUAUCACUCCACCUCUGUCCACCUCCACAAAUAUUCUGCUGCGGAGUACAGCAGUUUCCCGUACCCAAAAUGUAAAAAGGCUUUCAAGUCAAUAUAGGAAAUGCUGACGUUUAAGUACACGAAGCAAGUUGAGGAAAAAGUAGGUAAAAAUUAAAGUAAAAAAAAAAGAAGUGGGACAUAAUUAGAGUCAUUGAAAAGAGGGGGAAAAAAUUAUGAAAUGCAUCGACCAUCAUCACUGGCUUGAUAUCUGCGUGUCUUAACAGUGUCCAAGGGUGCGAUUUUAGUUUAAGGUGACUGGAAGGUUGAAUGGGAUUUUCACUGCUGUUGGAUGCCAGAGGUCAGCUUUAGAUUAUGUACUGCAGAAUCUAGCUGACCUCUCAUAUCACAGCCUGUACAAAGGCAGCACUCAUCCUCUGCUUCCACAAAUGGAUGUGUUUUACCCCCCACCCCAGUUUGUUUCUUUUUCUUUCUUUCUUUUUUGUUUUUUUUUAAGGGUACCAAAUCUAAUCUAGGACCUCUCUUUCCGCCACAUCUUCAUAUAAGCGAGAAAAGUGGGCAAGCAGAACUCAUACAUAUCUCCAUGUGUUAUGUAUAUAAAAGGAUUUUUUCUCUUCCCCCAGUGAAAAUGUUUGUUCUCCUUUAAAUCAAGCCUCAGUGUACCAGAAUUAGUUCCCCGCUGUGUGAAUACUUUUUUCUUUCCUCCUCCAUAUGCGUCUUCUUUUACUGAUGAUGUAUUAAUUAUUACAACAGCACAGCACUCUUCAGUGGAGGCUUUAUCUUGGGAAAUAUGUUUUAUAUGGCAUAACAGGAUUUGUAAAAAACAAAAUUAAAAAGUUUUUAAAAAAGGACACUCUGUGUUUGUACUAUAAAAGAAAUUUGGGUGCCAGCAAAAGGGGCACUUUGAAGGCUAUAAAAAGUCAAACACACACUGAUGUUAAAUAAUCUGCAGAUGCUUUUGUUGUUCGAAGCAAGUUUUGAGUUUUUAAUUUUAAUUUAAUCUCCUGUUGUAUUUUUUUUUUUUUUAAGUGCUUGAAAUUUAACACCGUGUGAUUAUUUCCUUUUCACAGUACUUUUACUACUGGAAUCUAAUCACAGUUUGAUCACCAGAAAUGCUGUCUUUUUGUUUGUUUGUUUGUUUGUUUUUUUUAACUUUGGACAGGUUAAAAUUGAGUUUUAAAAUUCAAAGUUCAAUAAAUGGGUUCACAGUUUUAAUCAAAAUAAAAAUAAAAGAAUACAGAAUCCUGUUAGGAGUCAGACUUUUGAGAAAUCUUUUUUUUUUUUUCUUUUCUAACCAAAGUGUCCUGAAAAGAAGUCAUCAUGCUUUUGUAACUGAAUAAAGGAAUAAACUAUG